CUUGUUAUCUCCGCCCAAUAUCUCCCUUCUCUCUCUCCUAUUAAAAGCUCAGCUUGGGCUCCUUGGCCAUUUUAUACAAAUUCUCCGGCCCCUCAUGGCUCAAUCUCUGCAACUCUUCACCGCCUGUAACCGGUCACCUAACCCUGCCUUACCCAAACGGGCCACCUACUCCGACGCUAAACAAUUUCUUCCGGCCACCUCCAACCGCCGGUUCCCGGUCACUGUUUUCCCCAAGCUAACUGUCAAGGCUUCUUCUUCUUCAUCUUCAGAUCUCGACUCUUCUUCGCCUGUUCUGGUCAAUGACAAUGGCGCUGGAGGAGUUUUGUCUGGUGCGACGGUGCAGGUGGCGUACGCUGCUGUGACGAAGCUGGCGGCGGCGACUGUAUCGGAUUCGAGCUCGAUUGAGGUUGAUUCUGUGACGGAGGCUGAGUUGAAGGAGAAUGGGUUCAGGAGUACGAGGCGGACCAAGUUGAUUUGCACCAUCGGUCCCAACACGAGUGGGUUCGAUGAGCUCGAGGCUUUGGCGGUCGGUGGCAUGAAUGUGGCCAGGAUCAACAUGUGCCACGGCACGCAUCAGUGGCACCGGAACGUGAUCAAACGUGUAAGGAGGCUUAAUGAGGAGAAGGGUUACGCCGUCGCUAUUAUGAUGGAUACUGAAGGGAGUGAAAUUCACAUGGGAGAUCUUGGUGGAGCGCCUUCGGCCAAAGCUGAGGAUGGUGAAAUCUGGACCUUUAGUGUUAGAACUUAUGAUUCAGGUCAACCGGAGCGCACCAUCAAUGUCAACUAUGAUGGUUUUGCUGAAGAUGUGAAAGUGGGUGAUGAACUUGUUGUGGAUGGCGGUAUGGUGAGGUUUGAAGUGAUUGAGAAAAUUGGUCCAGAUGUUAAGUGCAAAUGUACUGAUCCCGGACUAUUGCUGCCUCGGGCUAAUUUGACUUUCUGGAGGGAUGGAAGUGUGGUACGGGAACGCAAUGCAAUGCUUCCCACAAUUUCUUCUAAGGAUUGGCUGGACAUUGAUUUUGGGAUUGCAGAAGGUGUUGAUUUUAUUGCCAUAUCAUUUGUCAAAUCUGCUGAUGUGAUCACCCAUCUUAAAAGCUACCUUGCUGCAAGAUCUCGUGAUAGUGACAUUGCUGUCGUUGCAAAAAUAGAGAGUAUUGACUCAUUGAAGAACUUGGAAGAAAUCAUUCUAGCAUCAGAUGGAGCUAUGGUAGCAAGGGGAGAUCUUGGCGCUCAGAUACCAUUGGAACAGGUUCCCUCAGUGCAGCAAAAAAUUGUGCAACUUUGCAGGCAGCUAAAUAAACCUGUCAUUGUGGCAUCUCAGUUACUUGAAUCUAUGAUUGAAUACCCUACACCCACUAGAGCUGAAGUGGCUGAUGUUUCUGAAGCAGUUAGACAGCGAGCAGAUGCUCUGAUGCUCUCUGGUGAGUCAGCCAUGGGCCAGUACCCAAUGAAGGCAUUGACUGUUCUCAGAAGUGUUAGCGUGAGAAUUGAGAAGUGGUGGAGGGAAGAGAAACGCUAUGAUCCUAUGGAACUCCCAGACAUUGGCUCUUCAUAUUCUGACAAUAUAUCAGAGGAGAUUUGCAGUUCUGCUGCCAAGAUGGCUAAUAAUUUAGGGGUGGAUGCUCUUUUCGUCUACACAAAGACAGGGCACAUGGCAUCCCUCCUGUCACGUUGCCGACCUGAUUGCCCGAUAUUCGCUUUCACUUCCACAACAUCUGUACGCAGGCGUCUGAAUCUGCAAUGGGGUCUCAUACCCUUUCGCCUGAGCUUCUCUGACGACAUGGAAAGUAAUCUGAACAAGACCUUCUCCUUGCUCAAGGCCCGGAAUUUGAUCAAAUCCGGUGACCUUGUAAUAGCUGUCUCGGACAUGUUGCAGUCCAUUCAGGUUAUGUAUGUACCUUAAGAGCUAUCAAAUCUGCUUUAAUCCAAAUCUAUUGGUUUGAACAGUUUGGUAUAUGGUGGAUUACAUUCGUGCUUCAAUUAUUUCGAUUACAUGUCAACAUCCAUGGUGGAUAUUCUGGUGUGUCAUGAAAUCGAUCACUGUGAUGCCCCAUUACAUGUUUUGACAUCUCGCUAGGCAAAUAAUGCACUAUUUUAUUCUAUUUUGCAGUUAGUUAAAACAGUUUAGUUUUGUGUAUUCUAUUGUAAUAUGAUUUGAAUUUAAACUUUCUUUAUAUGAAAAAUGGUUUGGAAGUUCGACCAA